CCGGCAUCCGUCACGAAUAGACGAGACGUGAACACUAAACAAACUAUUACUACAAAAAUAGUUUGUGCUAUCACUGUCGUGUCGAUUGUGUUUCAAUUGAAAUCAAAAAACUCCAGGUGCAACAAAAAAGAAUCAUCCUCCGAAUUCACAGAAGAAACGGAUUAAGUGAUGCUUCAGGAAUAGUAAAAGUUUACUAUUCUGCAAGCAAAACAUGCCCAUUUUCGCUUUUCACUGUUGUUUUAAUUCAUGUUUUUUCAAUGGAUAACAUCAUUUUUUUGCCUGUAGAGGUAAUUAAGAAGAUAACACAAUAAGUCACAACGAUUCUUCGAAUUACACAGGAGUAACGGAUUAUACUGAUGCUCAGUAAAAGCUUAAUAUUCUGCAAGCACAACAUGUUCAUUUGCGCUUUUCGCUGUUGUUAUAAUUUAUAUUUUUUCAAUGGAUAAUAUCAAUUUUCUGCCAGUAAAGAUUCUAGAACAAAUAUGCUCCUACCUCGACCUGACGGAUCAAAAAAGUGCCCGAGCAGUUUGCCGUCAUUGGCGUAGGGUUUUAAGCGGAAUACAGUUUCAACGGCAAUGCUUAAUUUCCCUUAGUAGUCCCUUCGCUCAAGAGGUACCGGAUUCGGAAAAGCAGGUAAUUCGAAAGUUUCGUAACAUUAAACUGUUCCACUGGUUCGAGGAAAACGAUGAAUAUGAGGCGGAUAGUAACGAGCAUCCCGGAAACAAUACGGAUACGGUUUUUCUGAAAUACCUCUUCGAACCAACUCCGGAGAUGAAUAUUAGACAGCUCUUGUUUGAAAAUGAAAUGGAUGUUGAAGUACUUGACAUGCGCAGUAGCUUUGAAAGUUGUCGGGAAAUACUUGGUGACCGUUUAUCUCAAAUGCAAAACCUUCGAGAGCUUACGCUAACAUUCGGUCAAAGCUUAUACGUGCAACCUGAUCAAAGUGUAUGGAUGAUUGUUCACAAUCGAAUUGAAACACUUAACAUAGAUAUAUCAUGCUCCAGAGCAUACAAUAUUGCUCUUCCAAGCUUAACGACAUUGGAAUUGUUAACCAAUUGUCGUUGGAGCUUCCAUAUUAUUCAGACGUACUGCCGACAGUUACAACGUUUGAAAGUUCAAUUCCAAGACCUAGAGACGAUGGACGAAAUGAUGUCUCUAUCGUUUCCUAUGUUGACUCAUCUGCACGUCCGGAUGCACAAAGACAAAAAUGUCCAGCUUCGAUAUGCACAAACCCAGAACCAGUCCGUUGAUAACACGAAAGAAGAAAAUUUUGUAAAAUCUAUGCCAAAAUUGAAGUCGAUUUGGUUAGAAAGCGAUCUAAUGCUUUUUCGUAUUGGAAAGGCCCUCGCAAAAUAUAGCCACCACCUGGAUGAACUAACAUUAAUGGAUAUGCAAAUUGAUGCCGCCGAACUACACACGAUUGAAACAUUUCCGAAACUUAAGACCAUGUCUCUCCAUCGUGUAAAAAUUUUAACGUCCCCCCAAAGCCUACCGAAAGUAAACAUGCCUCAUUUAAUCAGCCUAACACUAGUGGACAACGAGUCGGAUAUCGUAUUCGAUAAUGGUCUUGCCGGAUUAAAGUCACUAAAAGUGACCUUUUCCACUGCAAGAAGUGACAAGAUAUUGCAUAAAAUUUGCAAUUAUUUAACAAACUUAGAGCGUCUAGAAUUCCGUUUGACCCCCAUGUGCAAAAACAAUGCGUUUCGCGAUCUGAAUAGACUGACAAAACUGAAGUUGCUGCAAAUAAAUGGCUGUGGCGACAUCUGCAAAAUAAACUGGACGCAAUGUCCUGUGGUUCCCAGCGUGCGCAGAAUUGUAUUCUUCAACUCCUACUGCAACGGAACGAAAAUGUUACAACCUAUACCUAGAGUGUUUCCCGGUCUCCUCGAUGUGCACCUGGACAUGUGCUAUGUGACGUGCAUGGAAGAGGACGGUUUCAUGGCUCCCGAUGGGAAAGGUCGUCUCGACGAUAGCAGAGAAGCUAAGCGAAAGUGUAUGGAACAGUGGUACUCGACGUUCCCGAAAUGCAGGAUUUCGUUUAAACAUACUACACUGCAAUGGAAGCACUGUGAUUAAAUUGGUAUUCGUUUCACUGCAAUUCGUUGAAACUUAUUUCCAUCACAUCU